AGAUCACACUUCAGAGUGUCUUAGCCAUCUAAUAAAUAACAAGCUUGCUCACCUAAAAGUGAUUCUUAGUGAACGGUGUAAAGCAGUGUAAAUAAAAUUCAAUGAAACCGUGAUUUGCCUGUGAAAGAAGAUACCCACCGGCAAAAUGUUGCCCGUACCUCAAGACCGAAUGUCGGGGCGCCGGAGCAGCUCCAUCGUGAGCCGCACGCUGCUCGGCCGCCGCGCGUCCGUGUACGCUACCGGCAACCAUCAAGACCCCGCCAAGCUAAUAACGGAGAUCAACGUGCAGCUGGCGUUGUUCCGGGACCUGCUGAUCCACUUCGGGCAGCCGCCCGACUGCCCGGAGCUGCGCGAGCGCGUGCGCCGCCUGCGCCGCGCCUGCGUCGAGGCCACCAAACAGACCAGCCAGCUCGUGCUGCCCAACUGCAAGAAGUCUACGAGCGAGGGAUGCGUGGAGCAGCCCCAGCUGGUGCUGCUGUACUUCAUGGCGCAGCUGCUGCUGCGGGAGCUGGCCAAGUGCCACCGGCUCGUGCAGCUCGUGCCCAUGGAUAUGACAUCCUACUACGAAAACCGCGCCGGCCCGUCCAAUUUUGGGAACGUGAUCAGUCAGAUCCUACUGUGCAAACAAAUCACGCCAGACUUCAACCAGGAGGAGCUCUGCAGCAUCGCCAAAGACACACAGGAGAUCACCAGGAUAGUCACCGACAUCCAGGAGUACCUGCCUCAGCAUGAGAACCUCAACCACUUAGAGACCACCGUCGCGUUGAAAGGAGAAGAAAUGACCGGGCUGUGGCGGAACAAACGAAGAGGCUCACUGUAUAAAAGCAUGGGGGUGCUCUGUUGCGUGUCACGACCGAACUACCUCUGAGGGUGACGCGUCUCGCCCCCGAGGCGGCUCGACUAACCGACUUCAAUGUAGCUCAAACACACACAACAAGUGCAAGGUGCCUACCAGUCACAAUAACUCAAGUGUUCAAAAGCAGUGUGUGUACGGAGUGCCGUACGCUCAGGGAAACGUUACGAGUGCGUGUGAUGUGUACAGAUUAGACAAUGAAGGGGUCCAUUAUUAUUGUCUAAUUAAUAGACGAGAUAGCGUAGAGGAACAUGAGGUGGAUUAAACUUCUCAUAAAUUAUGUAAAUCACAAUUCAUAGGUAGAGAUCAUCGCGCACGGUAGAUCAAUUAUAAACGUUUCUGUAUCGUGUAGUCUAAGUAAAGUAAAUAAUAUAUAACAGAUAGACGGAUUUAAUUAAUUAAAUAUCGUGAAUUGCCUGGAAUGGGAUCAACUGUUGCGUUUAAGUAGAAUAGAUUUAAAAUAUUCAAUGCUUUUUGCACAAAAAUUAUAUUUUACCUGCUAAAUAUCUCAUUUCGAUUAUACAUAGAUAAUUGUAUUCAAAUUGAUAUAGAAAACGACGACUC